AUGAGCCCCGCUGGCAUGGCGGGUGUCAUGGCUCCCUCCAGUGUCUCCCCUAUGAGCAUGAGUCCUGUGCGGGCCCCUGGCACCAGCCACCUGUAUGGUGGGCAGCGGGUGCCCCAGCACACCUACCCCGGCCCCCCCCUUAGCCAGCAGCUCCCUCGCCAGAGCCUGAAGCGUGCGUACUCCAGUGAGGGAUACCCGGCACAGCAGUACCUUCAGGGUGGGCAGUAUGCUGCAGCUGGUGCCCAGUACACUGCCAGUGCCCCCCAGCCUUCCGCUCCGUCCCCUUCUUACCCUGGUCACAGGCUGCAGCAGGCCAUGGGUCAGUACCUCUCUGCCUCAGGCAACACUGGACCCUAUUACAAGCCAGCUGAGCAGUUCAACGGGCAGAACACCAGCUUCAGCACCUACAGCCAGGCAGCUGUCAGUGGGGGAUACCCGGCACAGCAGUACCUUCAGGGUGGGCAGUAUGCUGCAGCUGGUGCCCAGUACACUGCCAGUGCCCCCCAGCCUUCCGCUCCGUCCCCUUCUUACCCUGGUCACAGGCUGCAGCAGGCCAUGGGUCAGUACCUCUCUGCCUCAGGCAACACUGGACCCUAUUACAAGCCAGCUGAGCAGUUCAACGGGCAGAACACCAGCUUCAGCACCUACAGCCAGGCAGCUGUCAGUGGGCCGGGCCGGGCGCUGCCGGGCUACUCCAGCUCGCCGCUGGCUGGGAACCCCACGCCGCCCAUGACGCCGGGCAGCAGCCUCCCCCCAUACGCUGCCUCGGGUCAGGACGUCAAGUCGCCGUUCCUGCCGGACAUCAAACCCAACAUCACUUCCCUGCACCCAUCCCCCCCAGGGCCGGCCCCGGGGGAGGAGCUGCGACUGACCUUCCCGGUGCGGGAUGGGGUUGUGCUGGAGCCCUUCCGCCUGCAGCACAACCUGGCUGUCAGCAACCACGUCUUCCAGCUGCGCGACUCCGUCUACAAGACCCUGAUGAUGAGGCCUGACCUGGAGCUGCAGUUCAAGUGCUACCACCACGAGGACCGGCAGAUGAACACCAACUGGCCGGCCUCUGUGCAGGUCAGCGUCAAUGCCACGCCACUCACCAUUGAGCGUGGUGACAACAAGACCUCCCACAAGCCACUCUACUUGAAGCAUGUCUGCCAGCCUGGCAGGAACACCAUCCAGAUCACUGUCACUGCCUGCUGCUGUUCCCAUCUCUUUGUCCUGCAGCUGGUGCACCGGCCUUCGGUGCGCUCAGUGCUGCAGGGACUCAUCAAGAAGCGCCUGCUCCCUGCUGAGCACUGCAUCACCAAAAUCAAGCGCAACUUCAACAGUGGGACCAUCCCAGGGACCCCGGGGCCCAAUGGUGAGGAUGGCGUGGAGCAGACAGCUAUCAAGGUAUCCCUCAAGUGUCCCAUCACCUUCCGGAGGAUCCAGCUCCCAGCUAGGGGCCACGACUGCCGGCAUAUACAGUGCUUCGAUCUUGAGUCCUACCUGCAGCUCAACUGUGAGAGGGGGACAUGGCGGUGUCCUGUCUGCAAUAAGACAGCCCUGUUGGAGGGACUGGAGGUGGACCAGUACAUGCUGGGCAUCCUGAUCUACAUCCAAAACUCGGAGCACGAGGAGAUCACCAUCGACCCGACCUGCAGCUGGAAACCCGUCCCAGUCAAACCUGACCUCCAUGUCAAGGAGGAGCCAGAGGGACCGGUGCUGAAGCGUUGCCGGACCCUCAGCCCCACACACAUGGUGCUGCCCAACAUCAUGGAGAUGAUCGCAGCCCUGGGGCCCAGCUCGGUGCCAUUCCCAGCGCUGCCACCACACCCAGUGGCUGCUCCCUCCGAUUACGGCUCCGCAGGUAUGGGGGGCCCCCGCAGGAGACAUGGCUGGGCCCUGCCCGUGCCCUCCUUCCACGUGCAAUCACCUCCUUUCCUCCUGCAGGUUCCAGCUUUCCAGCCCCCGGGAGCUUCCCCCAGCUUCCCAGCCCCCGGGAGCUCCCCCGAGCCAUUCCCCCCCCCUGGAGCUCCCGGGUCAACGACGCUAAGUGACUUUGCACCGGGUCCCCCCCCCAACUCCUACCAGUCUGACAUCCCCGGCAGCCUCCUGGCCCCUGAGAAGCCCCCACUCCCCACACAGUCUCUUCUCUCUUUGCAGCUGUUUGCAGACAAGGUCCCCAAGACAGCAGAAAACUUCCGUGCCUUGAGCACCGGUGAAAAGGGAUUUGGCUACAAGGGGUCCUGCUUCCACAGAAUCAUUCCUGGGUUCAUGUGCCAGGGCGGUGACUUCACGCGCCACAACGGCACUGGCGGCAAAUCCAUCUAUGGGGAGAAGUUCCCCGAUGAGAACUUCAUCCUGAAGCACACGGGCCCUGGCAUCCUGUCCAUGGCCAACGCCGGCCCCAACACAAAUGGCUCCCAGUUCUUCAUCUGCACCGCCAAAACCGAAUGGCUGGAUGGCAAGCACGUUGUCUUUGGCCGCGUCAAGGAGGGGAUGAAUGUGGUGGAGGCCAUGGAGCGCUGCGGCUCCAAAGAUGGCAAAACGAGCAAGAAGAUCACUAUCACCGACUGCGGGCAGCUCUCCUGA